CACAUGAAAUAUUGCGUCAUUCUUUUUCAUCCAAUUUUAUUAUUUUCUUUGAUUAAAUUUAUUGAAUUUGUGAACAAUUAGUAGUGAAAAAUACAGUGAAUUACACAGUACAUCACGUGUCUUGUUUUCCUGGCAAUUUUUGGUCACUACGACCCGCAUAGUUUCUCUCAAUAAUCACGUGUUCUUUUCCUUUCACGCUAUCACACCGAAGGUAGAGGAAGAGGGGGCGCUCACGCACGCUAUUUACAUUGACACUAACCUAUAUUCUCUCUUUCCGGGAAUCACCCUACAAGGUAGAGGAAGAGGAGACUCUCACGUCAUUCAUACAUUCACUAACGUAUCCUUCUUUCUUUCCGGCACUCAUACACAAGGUAGAGGAAGAGGGGGCGCUCACGCACGCUAUUUACAUUGACACUAACCUAUAUUCUCUCUUUCCGGGAAUCACCCUACAAGACAUGAUUGCAGAGACUUUUGCUUUUUUGCUGCUAUUUUCUGCAAUUGAUGGUCAACUUUUGGUGCCAAAUACUCAGGCAAAUGUAAUAAGUCGCACGAGUGGGAAUCUCCUGAGGAAUCUUACGGGAACACAGGUGUACAAGGAUACCAUUUUCACGAGUCGCUUGGAUGCAUCUGCGCCAAUCAGGAGAUUCUAUCGUGGUUUCCGGGAGGUGUACAGUCGUCUUCUGGGUGAGACUGGUCAGAGGAAUUCAGGGAAUUUCCUGCAGGCACAUGUGCCACCAACGAGAGCUUUUCCUUGCCAAACUGAAGGAUUUCGCAGUGCUACACCACCUGUGAGUGUUCAUCAAGUACGCCCAGGUGAUGUAGACAUUAUUGCCGCUGUUGGGGACUCCCUCACCACGGCCACAGCUGCCAAUUCAGUGGCUCUGUGGGAGGUGAUGGUGGAGAAUCGGGGUGUGUCGUGGUCAAUUGGGGGUCAAGGGACGUGGCGCACGCACCUGACACUCCCCAACAUAAUCAAGGAGUUCAAUCCUCAGCUCUUUGGAUACUCCCUCAGUGAUUCGUACAACGUACACCGGAAGGCCCAAUUCAAUGUGGCUGAAAACAUCGCAACAACAAGCGAUAUGCCGUAUAAUGCUAAAAAACUCGUCAGACGCAUGAAGCUCGAUCCCAGGGUCAAUAUGACCCAUCACUGGAAGAUUGUUACGUAUAUGAUUGGUGGGAAUGAUUUCUGCUCUGAUGUGUGCUACCAAGCGAAUGCAACAAUGUGGAUUAAUGAGAUGCAGGAGAAGUAUCUCAUUGAAUCUCUGCGAUACCUUCGUGAUAAUCUCCCACGUACCAUUGUGAAUUUGGUCCCAUCACCCCUAAUUAGCCUUUCCUUCUCCAUGGAUAACGUUCAGACACCCUUCUCGUGCUCCCUGACGCGUCCCAUUGAGUGCUCAUGCCUGUUUGGGCCAUCCUAUUCCAAAGACAGGAAGCUCUUUCGAUCGCUCGAGAGGAAGUUCGUGAAGAUCAUGGAGAGGGUUAGUUUUCUUGGGGAGCUCCACACACCUGACUUCACUGUGGUCUUCCAGCCAUUCUUCCAGGAUGCUUCGGUCUUCUACAGGGGCUCCAAAAAUGCCGACAUGUCCCUCAUGUCCAUUGAUUGCGUACAUUUAAGCCAGAAAGGUCAUGCUGUGAGUGCCAAUGGGCUGUGGAAUAAUAUGAUGGAGCCCGUGGGGAAGAAAUCUCUCGGCUUUCGACCACUUUUCCAGCAAUUCAAAUGCCCAACCCCCGACAAGCCGUACAUCUUCACAAACUACAACAGUUGAUGGAUUUUUAAAUUAAAAAAAAUCAUUUUCUUUGUAUUUCAUUAUUUUGCAUUUUAUUUACAAAAAUAAAUUUCAUUUUAUUUACAAAA